AUGUCCCCAAACGAUCGACAAAAUGCUCAGAUGCAUGGACUGGUUGGCAAACCGUUGCUGUAUUUCACAAGUGUUUUUGUGUCCCUGGGCGUUUUCCUCUUCGGCUAUGACCAAGGUGUGAUGUCUGGUAUCAUAACAGGAUGGUAUUUCAAGGAUUACUUUAAUCAACCGUCGCGAGCGGCAAUCGGUACAGUUGUUGCAAUCCUUGAAGUAGGAGCAUUCAUUUCAUCCUUACUUGUUGGACGAGUCGGUGACCUGAUCGGGCGUCGAAAGACCAUUCUCUACGGGUCAAUUGUCUUCUUCAUUGGCGGUGGCUUCCAGGCAUUUGCGACAGGAUUGCCUAUGAUGAUGGUCGGCCGCAUCAUUGCAGGGUUAGGCGUUGGGGCACUUUCUACAAUCGUGCCGGUCUAUCAGUCUGAGAUCUCGCCCCCUCACAAUCGCGGAAAGCUAGCUUGCAUCGAAUUUACAGGGAAUAUUGCCGGCUACGCUGCAAGUGUCUGGGUAGACUAUUUCUGCAGCUUCAUAGAUAGCAACUACUCAUGGCGUCUUCCACUACUUUGCCAAUGCAUCAUGGGCGCUUUGCUUGGUGUUGGAAGCCUGAUCAUUUGCGAAUCUCCCAGAUGGCUGCUAGACAAUGAUUUCGACGAAGAAGGUAUGGUAGUUAUUGCAAAUCUGUAUGGUAAGGGUGAUUUGCAUAACGACAAAGCCAGACAAGAGUACAGAGAGAUUAAGAUGAAUGUUCUUCUUCAACGGCAAGAGGGCGAAAGGUCGUACAGCGACAUGUUCAAACGUUACUACAGGCGGGUAUUGAUCGCGAUGUCAGCGCAGGCAUUGGCUCAGCUCAACGGAAUCAAUGUCAUCUCUUACUACGCCCCACUCGUUUUCGAGUCAGCAGGGUGGGCUGGCCGUGAUGCUAUCUUGAUGACCGGCAUCAACGCCAUAUCCUAUCUUGCUUCUACAGUGCCUCCGUGGUAUCUUGUCGACCAGUGGGGAAGACGGCCAAUUCUUCUCUCAGGUGCAGUGGCUAUGAUCGUGUCUCUAUCUUUGAUCUCAUAUUUCAUCUAUAUAGAUGUCGCGGCAACACCGACACUUACGGUCAUAUUUGUCAUGAUAUACAAUGCUGCUUUCGGUGCAUCUUGGGGGCCUAUACCAUGGCUUUACCCCCCCGAAAUUCUGCCCUUAAGCAUUCGUGCGAAGGGCGCCAGUAUCAGCACUGCCACGAACUGGGCCUUCAACUGGCUAGUCGGCGAAGUCACGCCUGUCCUUCAAGCCGCAAUCAAGUGGCGCCUUUAUCUAGUGCAUGCUUUCUUCUGUGCAUGCAGUUUUGUAUUAGUAUAUUUCCUAUAUCCUGAGACAAGUGGCGUCCGGUUGGAGGAUAUGGAUACCUUGUUCGGCGAUGCGACGACUUCGAUGCCGACGCCAGCAACCCAAGCUGAACGUGGCUCCUUGAUGAGUGCUGGCUCCCCUGUGCCUUCACUCGACAUUAGACGACACUAUGGCCACUUGGGAGCGGAUAAUGCCAUCCCUGGACUGGAUAUCGAUCCUCCCAAUAUGAGUCCCAGUGCCUAUAACAAAUCUGCCAGGUCUGGAAACACAGAGAGUCAUCCUAAUCGAUUGGAGGGAUUCGGUGGUUGGAUCUCGACCAUGAUCAGUCAUCACAAGGGAUCUACUUCAUCACCACAAAAUAACCACUACAGCCGUCUUGGGCAGGAAGAGAACGAUUGA